AUGGCGUGGCCAAACAAAAAUCAAGACAUGCUCUACCGACGGGUCGGCAACUCGGGCCUGCACGUUUCAGCGAUAGGUCUGGGAGGAUGGUUGACGUUCGGUGGUCACGUCGAGAACGAAAUGACAUUCAACUGCAUGAAACAGGCCUAUGACUGCGGAGUGAACUUUUUCGACACAGCAGAAAGCUAUGCUGGUGGUCAAUCGGAGAUAAUCAUGGGACAAGCCAUAAAGAAAUUUGGCUGGAGCCGAAGCGACCUGGUCAUCAGCACCAAGAUCAACUGGGGCCUUGGAAACGGUGAAAUCCUGAUCAAUAACCACGGCCUGUCGAGGAAACACAUCGUCGAAGGUACAAGGGCAUCUCUCGGUCGUCUCCAGCUGGAAUAUGUCGAUAUCAUCUAUGCGCAUCGUCCGGAUCGGCUCACGCCGAUGGAGGAAACCGUGCGCGCUUUCAAUUAUGUGAUCGAAAAAGGCUGGGCCUUCUACUGGGGAACAUCGGAAUGGUCGGCCGAUGAGAUCGCCGAAGCUUGCGGGAUUGUGAAGUCGUUGGGACUGAUUGCGCCCAUUGUGGAACAGCCGCUGUACAACAUGUUGGAUCGCGGAAGGGUCGAGGGACAGUUUCAGCGAUUGUACUCUCGGUAUGGAAUCGGACUGACUACCUUCUCCCCCCUGAAGAUGGGGCUUUUGAGCGGUAAAUACAACGAUGCGACGGCAGAGCCUCCCGCGGGUUCGAGAUUUGCUGAAAGCAAGGAUAAAUUUGCCAGCUCUGUUCGAAACGACUGGGAGAAUGAGCAAUGGGCAGGUACCAUUAAGAAGAUCGUUGGCUUGAAGGAAUUGGCGGACAAAUUCGGAGUCAAAUUGUCUCAGCUCGCGCUGGCCUGGUGUUUGAAAAACGAAAACGUCUCUUCGGUGAUCACGGGCGCCUCGCGACCGGAACAAGUUGUCGAUAACGUGGAGAGUCUAAAACUGCUGCCCAAACUCACACCAGAAAUCAUGGCAGAGAUCGACACUUUCCUGCAAAACAAGCCAGCUCAGGAUCCUGCCCGGCAAGAUUAG